CAGAAGGGAAGCGGCGGCGGCUGCAGGAAGGGCGCGAGCCGUGGCUACGCGGCCGGUGUCCCUUCGGUGGUCUGUCCGACAGCCUCCGGCCCCCUGACGGAGGACGCGGCCCCGAGCUGCCCCCGAAGCCCUGGCCGCUGGCGGGGGAGAUCUGGCGUCUCAGCCCGCAGGACUGGCUCGAGGCGAGAUGUAGGGCGCUGGGCGCGGAGGCCGCGGGCGCGGCAGGGGGAGCGCGGAGGGCGCGCCGAGGAUGGAGAGAGCGAUGGAGCAGCUCAACCGCUUGACGCGCUCUCUGCGCCGCGCGCGCACCGUGGAGCUGCCAGACGAUAAUGAAACUGCUGUUUAUACAUUAAUGCCUAUGGUUAUGGCUGAUCAACACAGGUCUGUUUCUGAACUACUAUCAAAUUCAAAGUUUGAUGUCAAUUACGCAUUUGGACGUGUGAAAAGAAGCUUGCUUCACAUCGCAGCAAAUUGUGGAUCAGUGGAAUGCUUGGUUCUGCUUUUAAAGAAAGGAGCAAAUCCUAACUAUCAAGAUAUUUCAGGCUGUACACCCCUUCAUUUGGCAGCUAGAAAUGGGCAGAAGAAAUGCAUGAGUAAAUUAUUAGAAUACUGUGCUGAUGUCAACAUUUGUAAUAAUGAAGGCCUUACAGCAACAGUCCAGUGCUUGCUAGACAGUGGUGCUGAUAUUAACAGGCCAAAUGUAUCAGGAGCUACUCCAUUGUACUUUGCUUGCAGUCAUGGUCAGAGAGAUACAGCACAGAUUCUUUUAUUACGAGGAGCCAAAUACCUGCCAGAUAAAAAUGGAGUAACUCCUCUGGAUUUAUGUGUACAGGGUGGUUAUGGAGAGACGUGUGAAGUAUUAAUUCAGUAUCACCCUAGGCUUUUCCAGACAAUUAUUCAAAUGACACAGAAUGAAGAUCUCCGAGAAAACAUGUUACGGCAGGUUCUGGAACAUUUGUCUCAGCAAAGUGAAAGCCAGUAUUUAAAGAUUCUAACAAGCCUUGCUGAAGUUGCCACAACAAAUGGUCAUAAAUUGCUUAGCAUAUCUAGUAAUUAUGAUGCUCAAAUGAAGAGCCUUUUAAGGAUCGUGAGGAUAUUUUGUCAUGUCUUUCGAAUUGGUCCAUCCUCUCCCAGUAAUGGAAUCGAUAUGGGCUACAAUGGGAAUAAAACUCCAAGAAGCCAGGUUUUUAAGCCUCUUGAAUUGCUUUGGCACUCUUUAGAUGAAUGGCUAGUUUUAAUAGCUACAGAACUGAUGAAAAACAAAAAGGACUCAACGGAUAUCACUUCUAUUUUACUGAAACAAAAAGGCCAAGAUCAAGAUGGUACUUCCAUUCCUUCAUUUGAACCUCCAGGACCUGGGAGCUAUGAAAAUCUAUCCACUGGCACAGGGGAAUCUAAACCAGAUGCUCUUGGAGGGAAACAGGAAACCAGUGCAGACUGUCAGGAUGUUAUUUCUAUGACAGCUAACCGGCUAAGUGCUGUCAUUCAAGCUUUUUACAUGUGCUGUUCUUGUCAGAUGCCUCCAGGAAUGACUUCACCUCGGUUCAUUGAAUUUGUCUGCAAACAUGAUGAAGUUUUAAAAUGUUUUGUUAAUAGAAAUCCCAAGAUUAUAUUUGACCACUUUCACUUCCUCCUUGAAUGUCCUGAAUUGAUGUCAAGAUUUAUGCAUAUCAUAAAAGCACAGCCAUUUAAAGAUCGCUGUGAGUGGUUCUAUGAACAUUUGCAUUCAGGACAGCCAGACUCAGACAUGGUGCACCGGCCAGUGAAUGAAAAUGAUAUCCUGCUGGUCCAUAGAGAUUCUAUUUUUAGGAGUAGCUGUGAAGUUGUGUCAAAAGCAAAUUGUGCAAAGCUAAAGCAAGGAAUUGCUGUACGGUUCCAUGGAGAAGAAGGCAUGGGUCAAGGUGUUGUGCGUGAGUGGUUUGAUAUUCUAUCUAAUGAGAUAGUCAAUCCCGAUUAUGCAUUGUUUACCCAAUCAGCUGAUGGAACAACUUUUCAACCUAAUAGCAACUCCUAUGUAAAUCCUGAUCAUUUGAACUAUUUCCGGUUUGCUGGACAGAUCUUGGGAUUAGCUUUGAACCAUAGGCAGCUGGUUAACAUUUACUUCACGAGAUCAUUCUACAAGCACAUUCUUGGUAUUCCUGUGAAUUACCAAGAUGUGGCAUCCAUUGAUCCAGAGUAUGCCAAAAAUUUGCAGUGGAUUUUAGAUAAUGAUAUUAGUGAUCUGGGUCUAGAACUGACUUUUUCUGUUGAGACUGAUGUGUUUGGAGCAAUGGAAGAGGUGCCUUUGAAACCUGGGGGUGGAAGUAUUCUUGUUACACAAAAUAACAAAGCGGAGUAUGUCCAGCUUGUCACUGAACUUCGAAUGACCAGAGCCAUCCAGCCUCAGAUCAAUGCUUUUUUACAGGGCUUUCAUAUGUUCAUUCCACCUUCCCUCAUACAGCUUUUUGAUGAAUAUGAAUUGGAGCUCCUGCUGUCUGGCAUGCCAGAAAUUGAUGUGAGUGACUGGAUAAAAAAUACAGAAUACACAAGUGGCUAUGAAAGAGAAGAUCCAGUUAUUCAGUGGUUCUGGGAAGUUGUGGAAGAUAUUACACCGGAGGAGAGAGUUCUUCUCUUGCAGUUUGUUACUGGCAGUUCCAGGGUCCCACAUGGAGGAUUUGCUAAUAUCAUGGGUGGAAGUGGAUUGCAGAACUUUACAAUUGCUGCUGUGCCAUAUACUCCAAAUCUUCUACCGACCUCGAGCACGUGCAUCAACAUGCUCAAGUUACCUGAAUAUCCAAGUAAGGAAAUACUCAAGGACAGGCUUCUUGUGGCUCUGCAUUGUGGCAGCUAUGGUUACACAAUGGCAUAAUGAAGUCUGGAAAACUCACCUGACUGCUGAUGUGCAAUUCAGAGUGGCAGAAGUAAUUUAGGAAACUGUCAACAGAAAAGCAGCCUAAAUGCAGCCCAUAGGCAGGGCUGAUGUUUAAAAUUCAUAAAGGAUCAAGUUUUCUUUUGUCCUCUGCUUUCUUUUCCCUGUUAUGUUUUCUCAGGUCGUGAUACAGUUGGAAAUAUAAAAUCACAGUAGUCUUCAUUUAAAAAAUGCUAAUUGAAAGUAGUAGAAACUGUCCUUUUUUCAUGUCUUUAAUCUAAUCCAAGAUUGUGUUAAGGCAAAAUAUUCUACAUUCCACAUCUGCUGCAUAACUCUUUUGUUUAAAACCUGCUGUCUCUUUACUUUCCUGUGUAGUAAAUUAUAUUAGGGCAUCCAGCCUGGUAUGUCUUAUUGCAUGUAAAGUGCCAUUUAUAUUUUGGAAAACUGCUGUAUAGAAUGGAUUAAUUUACAUUGUGUAUAAAGCCACAAAUAUGUAUUUUCCCAUAUUGAAUCUAUAUUGCAAUGAUGUUUUUUAGCUUUUAAAUAUUUUAAUAUGUAAAGUUCAGACUGAUGUGACUAAUAAACAGCUGAUGAAAUGAUGUCUGAUUUAUAUAUUAAAACUUAUGCUAUAUUGUAUGUAUUAUUUACAUCUUUCAGUGGUCACUUUUUCAUAUACAUAUAUUGUCUCAAGGUUUUUCUUAUGUCUUAUUUUAAUUUAUAUUUUAGAUAAAAUUAAAAUAUGAUAUUUUACCAUA